AUGUUGUGGAAAACUCUGGUUUUUUAUUUAUUUAUUCAAUUAAUUCAUGGAAAUUACAAUGAUCCAAUCUAUCCAGUACAAAAUCCAUGUUUAGCCAUUCUUGAUCGUCUAUCAGACAUGUCGUCAGCGUUUCUUAAUUGUGCUGUGAGUCGAGCUCGACCAUUUAAAUUAUGUGAAGGUUGUGUGGAUAAUUAUGCACGGUUACAAGAUCUCAUUGGUUUGCUUGAAAACACGUAUUCGGAUGUUGAUAAGAAGAUAACAUGCAAACAGUUUCUCGAAAGUUAUGAUUCGAUACAAGUCGUUGCUCAAUUGAUUGCAUUCGUACAGAAUAUUUGGUCUUCCUCGUUUUGUGAUAGUUGUAUUACAGGUUAUAAUGAUACGAAUGGUACAAUUCAGUACAGUUUAACAGAUAGUACAAUACAAUUUAUUCAGAAAAAGAUGAUGUUUGACAUGUGUAUAUUCAAUGCAACUGGUCGUAUUGUUCCGAUCAUUCCGAUCGACCUCAAUGUUACAUUGAAUACAAAUGUGUGUACAAUAUGUCUAGCAUCGUAUAACGAUAUCAAUGACUUCUUUCUACAACUAACACAUGGAAACCAACCUGGUGUUUGUAUGGAUAUUGUUGACACAAUGAACUAUACUCGACUGUUGUGGAGUAAAAUCUAUGAAUGUAGAAGGCAUGAUCCAGAUUAUAUGGCGGUGUUUGGAAUAUCGUUCUUUAUUCCGACCAUUGUUUUGGUUUUUUAUGUUAGUGCAUUAUUCAAAGGUGAACGACAGCAGAAGAAGUUAUCACGACAAAAACGUCUUCCAGUACAUUCCACUACGGCUGCACUCGCUGGCACGAGAACAUGGCUAUGGUCCAAUCCGAAUGAUUAA